AUGUCUGAUUAAGGUAGUCCUAAUUCUAUUAAAAUUUCCCCUAAAUAAACAGGAGAAUGUGAAAAGAUUGAUAUUGUUUUUAAGGAUAUUGAUUAUACUGUAAUAAAGAAAAAAAACUAAUAACAUAUUCUCAGAGGAGUUUCUGGUAUAUGCAAGAAUAGCCAAGUGAAUGCUAUUCUAGGUUCUUCAGGAGCUGGUAAGACAACCUUGCUUAAUAUUCUCUGUUAAAGAGUUUAAAAUUCAUCGACUCAAGUUUUAAAAGGCGAUAUUCUUGCAAACAAUAUUGCAUACAGUGCAGACUAAUUUACUUAAUUUGCUUCGUAUGUUAUGCAAGAUGAUAUUUUACUUGAAGCAUUAACAGUUAAAGAAUGCUUUUAAUUCGCAGCAAACCUCAAGACUACAGGUACUGCAGAAUAAAAAAGCAAAAAAGUAGAAGAAAUAACUAAAAUGUUGAAACUAGAAAAAUGCCAAAACACUUUUAUUGGUGGUAACUUUGUUAAAGGUAUUUCAGGGGGUGAAAAGAAGCGUACAUCAAUUGGAUAUGAACUUAUUAGUAAUCCUUAGUGUAUAUUUCUGGAUGAGCCCACAUCUGGUUUAGAUAGUUUUACUGCUUACUGUAUAAUUGACCUUUUGAGGAGAUAUGCUCAUAAUUAAAAUAAAACAGUUGUGUUCACCAUUCACUAACCCUCUUCAGAUAUUUGGAAUAUGCUUGACCAUGUAAUGCUUAUGGUAGAAGGAUAAUUUAUCUAUUAAGGUCCUGGUGGAAUGAAUGUAGUAAAUUAUUUUUCUAGCAUCGGAUUCAAAUGUCCUAUUCAUUCUAACCCUGCAGACUAUUUAAUGUCGAUCAUGAGCAAUGGAAAUGAGAUAAAUUAAAAGAAUUAUUCGCUCUAUUAUUAAGAGUACUCUAACAACUUAAAACCGGUAAUCAUGAGGGAAAUAUAACAAUCAUAAUAAGGAAACCUUCCUGCAAAAUAACUAGGAACUAGUUAUUUUUACUAAAUUGCAUAAAUUACACUAAGGUAGACUAAAAUACUUAAAAGAAAUCCUAUUCUUUUUAUAGCUCGUCUUAUACAAAGCAUUUUAAUAUCACUUUUAAUGGGUGCAAUCUAUUGGUAAAUUCCUGGGCCUUUAGAUAAUCCAACACAGCGAAAUAUUAAUGAUAAAAAUGGUUUCAUGUUUUUCUGGGUCUAUGGUAAUUUCAUGAUGGCUUUAUUACCAUGUGUUCUAACUUUUCCUCAAGAAAAGUAAACUUAUUUAAGAGAAGAGAAUUCCAAGCUUUAUUCAGUAGGACCUUACUUCAUAGGAAAAUAUAUAGUAGACAUAUUACCUUCAGCUUUUUUCCCUGCCUUGUCAAGUAUAAUUGUUUAUUGGAUGAUUGGAUUAAAUACUGACAAUCCUGGUAAAGUAUUGUUUUUAAUAUUUGUUUGUGCAAUUUAAGGUAUAACUGGUUUAGGCUUGGGUUACUUAUGUGGAUGCAUCUUUUAAAAUGCAUAAGUUUCUAUUGCAGUUACUCCAAUGCUUUUAAUUCCAUUCAUGCUCUUUGGUGGUUACUAUAAAAAUCAAGGUGAUUAUGCUUCUUGGAUUGGUUGGAUUUAAUACUUAUCUCCUUUUAAGUACUCUUUUAGUGCAGUAGCCUAAAAUGAAUAUUCUUAUGAAGGUUAAGGGUAUCCUUAAAACCCAAUACAUCAAUUGAACUUUGAUUUAAGCAUGUGGGAGUCUGUUGGAUGUCUAAUUGUAUUAUCUUUUGCCUAUACGAUAGUAGCAUUUGUGUUGCUAUCUUUACUUAAAUAAAAGGUUUAAUGA